UCUGUUUCCAGGUGGAAGAAGACGGGGGAUUGGCAUUUUCCCUUCUUGCACACCAGUGGGUACACACUCACACACAACACACAAACACACACAGAGAUACCAUUGCCUGGUUCUUUCUUACCCAAUACCCCAAAAAUGGAGGUAUUUUUUCUGCUGCUGCUCGCCUGCUUCACGGAAGCUGUGCCGUCGAAAAAUAUGGAGGACCAGGUCUUUCUCUUCCCAAAGCGCUCUGCCCGCUCCUACGUUCUCCUGAAUCCCAGCCAAAAUAAAGAAAUGGAGCGCUUGACCAUCUGCCUGAGUUUUUACUCCGAAAUGACCCAAGAUUUCAGCCUCUUCUCGGCCGCCUCCCGAGAUCACCACAACGAGAUCCUCCUCUUCAAAGUGCCCAAUGGCUACGAGGUCAUCCUGGGUGACCAAGCCGUCACUUUCAAGGUGUCCGAGAAACGGAGCGGCGGCCAAGCGGAGGAUCUGUGCCUGGCCUGGGAUUCGUCCACCGGCGUCGUCCAGCUGUGGCUCAACAGGAUCCCCCUGCCCCGUAAAGUGGCCGCCCAGGGUUACCGGAUCAAAAAGGAUCUGAUCAUCAUGCUGGGACAGGAUCAGGAUUCCUACGGGGGCUCGCUGGACCCCAACCAAGCUUUCGAAGGAGAGCUGGGAGAAGUCUACCUGUGGGACACCCUCUUGUCUGCAGAUCAAAUACGCAGCUUCCAGAGGCGGGAGAACUCUAUCCCUCUGCUGGAUUGGUUAGAUCUGAGUUAUAAAAUCCAUGGGGACGUGAUGGCUGUUCCUUCCUUACUUUGAGGCCUUUCCCCCCUCCCCCGGCAAUUUUUAAUUUCUCUGUCCAUCCGUCCGUCUGUCCACUCAUCAUCCAUCCAUCCA